AUGGCAAGAUUUGAAAUUCUCAAUCAUAUGUCCGAUGGUGAAGGCAAUUUGGCUCCCCAUAGUGGGGGAAGUUGCCAGGCUUCCUUGUCGUUUGAUAACGGAGAAACCUGGAAAGUUCUGCAUACUUAUCAGGGCGGUUGUCCUCGUGAUGUAAAAUUUCGUUCGGAAAGAGCAGGUCCCAAUCAAGUAUUCUUCUUUCAUAUACCUGCAGAGACCCGAGCAGGUGCAGCGCUAUUUUCUUGGAGUUGGUUUCCAGUGACUCCAAGUCGUCCCGAAAUGUUUCAAAAUUGUGCGUCGGUGAUGAUUGCGGGUUCGGGCAACGAUACACUAGAUCAUCUUCCCGAUAUGUUUGUCGGUGAUCUUACUAUCGCAGGGCAUAUAAAUCAAGGUGAAUGCCGUACUACAUUAGGGUAUGCAGUGGUCUUUCCAGAUCCUGGUGCCGCUUUGACUAUUACAGAAGUCCCUGGUGUCAUAUUCAAGGAGCCCACCCCUGGUAAAUGUUAUGCGAAAGGAUCCAAAAACAAAACUGCUACUGUUGGUCAAAUGUGAAGCCUAGAUCUUCCACAGAUGAGAAAACAGGACCUUCAUCCUAUUGACAAGUUGUUUUGCUUGUAUCCUUCACAGAUUGUGAUCUGAAAAAAAAAUACCUGACAAAAUUCAGAUUUAUUGUGAAUCUUUCUGUGAAUUGAAUGGGAGUUUAGUGACAUGGUAGGCAUAAUGCAGUUGAGAAACAUCAUUUCAUUCACACCAUGUUGUCUUAAAAGGUUCAUUAUUCGAAUUGCAUUGAUUCUGAUUCAAAUUGGUCGUGAAGCGAGCAGCACUCAACUCAAUCGUAAUUAAAUCAAUUGAAAAUUGAGGGAGUGAGUGGGGGGGGGGGGGGGGGGGGGAGGGGGUUCGAAAAACUACCACAAAAUAUUACUAGCUGAAAUAUUUUUCCUUCUUGUUAAAGUAAUAUUUUAUCAAGUGACAGAGUAUGAGUGCAAAACUGAUUCUAGUAGUUAGGAGAACAACAGAGGCAGUCGGAAUUAUUCUGUGUAUACUUGCGAGGGAGGUACCCGGAGUGUCCACUCGCUUUAUAUCUCAUAUUUUUACCGUAGGCAGACCUCAAUGGAUCUAGCAGAAAGCCAAAAGGAUUUGGGCCCAUGACUCUGUAGUCAAAAGUUAUGACCAUCUCACCAUUUAUACAAAAUAUGUGAUCAAGAGCCUGAAUCCUUUUUCUGAAAAUCUUUCGAUCUGAAUAGUAAAUUUUUCUGUAGUGACCAUAAGGCCUCCCCCUCCCCUCAAAAAUCGAUCUCAGUCCAGGUACAUUCAGAUGGGCUGAAAUUUGCAUUAUAUGUUGGGCCUACAGAGAGGAGGCUGUGGUAAAAUUUUCAGCUCGAUACCUUGACGUUUGACGGAGAUAUGAACAAAACACGGGUUAAAAGUAGGUCAUCUCAUCUCCAAGAUUUCUCAAUGAGCCUUCAUUAUAUACACGAUUUCUUUUUUUUGUUUGAAAGCUUGUCACUA